CUUUAAUCUGGACUUCUUACUGUGGCCAUGUAGAUUUGGACGAUAGGUAGUGAAUGAAAGCGAAAAACAGAUCUGUUGUUGCUCUUUUAAUUAUUAGUAGUAUUAUUCUUUUUUUACAUAAAAGUUUUUUUUAAGUAUCUUUAAAGUAAUUUAAUCUCGUUGAAGAGAUUCUGAAAGAUUCAAUUAUUGGAUUGAGGGUAGCAGAUUACCAGCCCGCAGUUUUAUCACACUGGGAAGGGAAGCUACUGGAGUCAACAAUCCAGCUUUUUCAUGUAUCGGGAACAUCGAUAAUCAGGUAAGAUAUUUCUCUGUACAGUAUGCGAAGGAAUGUAAAUGUACUUGUAUAUCAUAACCAAAACUGGAGGCAACCUACAAGGCCAAGGCCUAAAUGAAAGGAAAGCCAGUAAACUGUGAUGCAACUAAUUACACUGCUUUAAAAAAUAUUCAUAUAUUUGCAUGGCAUUUUUGGUGCCAGAUAUAGAAAAAAAGUCCAUUAUGUAUUUAAAUGUCAAUAUCAGUCUCCAAUAAAAAUAGAACAGAUCCAACCCCCUGUUAUGAAGACCACAGCACUAAAGCACAUUGAGUAUUUUUAAAGCGUCUUUUUAAAUAUAAUUUUAGAAUGGUUUUAAGUACAUUUUGAGGGACAAUUAGUGUAUGUGUGAAGGUAAUUCUAUUCUGAGUAAUUAAAUGUAUGGUAAAUGUAUGGUACUGUCUGGUAAUGAUUCUAAAAAAAUGGUUUGGGGUUUGAGUUUUGUUAAGCAGUCAUAUAUUUCACACCCUGAAAUAGAAUGUAAUUCAUGGAGAUGCUAGUAGGUGCCAUAAUUCUGUGGUCCUGUGAGAGUAGCUAAUAGGCCUGACAGCAAAGUACUAUAUUUGGUGCAAAAACAAACCAACAUGCAACUUCAAACAUCAGGAGACCUUAGUCAGGUUAGACACCAUAUUGAAUUUAACACGGAUAAAAACUAGGGAAUUGCAGUCUUCGCAAUUACGCACUGUAUAAAAGGUCCUAGAUCACGUAAUUCUCUCAGUUCUCUCAACUCAGAGAACUCUCUCAAUUUUUUAAAUGUGUUUUUGUCUCCAUAAAGAUGUUCAGUUGGCUGAACAAUGUUGUUAAACAAUACUACACUUCACUGAAUGCUCUGAAAUUCUGUUCCUCACACCCUCAUUUUCACUUCUGUCAUAAAUUAAAUAUGGCGCUACCCUGACUCUAAAGGGCAACUUUUUGAGCAAUGUUGUUUGGGCACUUUCCCAUUGAAAAUGGGCAACAAAUUCCUAUCUGGAUUGGUCGUGAGGCCCUAUGUCUCACCUGGUUGCCUGUUAAAGGCAACAUUGCUUAAAAAGUUGACCUGUGUAUCAUCACCUUAAAGUCUAUGUUGGCAGCAACAUCAUGCUCUAGGGCAGGGCUGGGCAACUUUGGUCCUGAAAGGCCACUGUCCUGCAGAGUUUAGCUCCAACCUGAAACAAGCCAAUCAAUGUCUUUAAGAUCACUAGAAAGCUACAGGUAGGAUUGUUUGAUUAGGGUUGGAGCUAAACUCUGCAAGACAGUGGCCUUCCAGGACCAAAGUUGCCCAGCCCUGCUCUAGGGGCACUUUUUGGCAAAAGGAGCGUGUGGAUAAUUGGUCAACUUGUUUGCCAAUCAAAACUGGUCAAAGCAAAUGUACGAAAGCACCAAAUCUUUGAGAACCCACAUGUGCUUCUUAUUUUCCCAGGUGUUCACCAUGCUCACCAGCUUUGUGGAUGGAAUAUUCUGUUGCUUUACAGGGAAGUCUACUAAUGUUGUGGUCCCUAUUGAGUCCUCCGAGCCCACCGAUGGUUUUGAAUUUGUUGAGGUGAAGCCAGGAAGGGUUCUGAGAGUUCGACAUAUUAUCCCAGAUAGGCCAGUGGUAGAGGAGCCAGGGACUGGGGAAGGGGGUACGGUGAGCUGCAAGCGCAAAAUCUCAGUGUACCGAAACGGACAACUUCUGAUUGAGAACGUCAACGAAGCCACCCAUCCAGAGCUGGUCCGCUAUCAGAAUGGAGACAGCACUGUGGAUACGGAUGUUUCCAACUGUGAGGCUCCUUCAGCAGUCCAGGCUGCUGAACCAACACCGGGUUCGGCGGCCGAAGGACAAGCUACGGAUACCGAACCUGCACCGCAGCAGGAUCUGCAGCAAGUGCAGCGCAGGCGGCGCAAACCCAAGCGCUCAAUUGUGAUUGACUGUGAGCGGAAGAUCACGUGCUGCAAAGGUACUCACCCUGACGUGGCCUUGUUUUUCAUACAUGGAGUUGGGGGGUCGUUGGAUAUCUGGGGAAGCCAACUGGACUAUUUCUCCCAACUUGGUUACGAGGUCAUCGCCCCAGACAUGGCCGGCCAUGGUGCGAGUUCAGCUCCUCAGAUUCCUGCUGCCUACACUUUUUAUGCUCUGGCUGAGGAUGUUAGAAUCAUCUUCAAGAGAUAUGCAAAGAGGCGAAAUAUUUUAGUAGGACACUCUUAUGGUGUCUCGUUUUGUACCUUCCUGGCUCAUGAGUAUCCGGAACAAGUUCAUAAAGUUGUGAUGAUUAACGGUGGAGGUCCUACAGCACUCGAGCCCAGUCUCUGCUCUGUCUUCAACUUGCCCACGUGUGUCCUUAAUUUCCUGUCCCCGUGCCUCACCUGGAGCUUUCUCAUGGCUGGAUUUGCCCAUCAGGGAACAAGAGAAAAGAAACUACUAAAAGAGAACAAUGCCUUCAACGUGUCUUCCUUUGUUCUGCGGUCCAUGAUGAGUGGACAGUACUGGCCAGAGGGCGAUGAGGUUUACCAUGCUGAAAUCACAGUGCCUGUUCUGCUGGUUCACGGCAUGUAUGACAAGUUUGUACCAGUACAAGAGGACCAGCGUAUGGCAGAGAUCCUCUUGCUGGGGUUCCUGAAGAUCAUUGAUGACGGAAGCCACAUGGUCAUGAUGGAGUGCCCGGAUGUAGUUAACACUCUCUUACACGAAUUCUUCCUGUGGCAGCCAGCAACCACCUCAAAACCCAAACAAGAAUCAGCCCCCACAAAGACCACCACCAAACCUCCAGAGGACACAGCGAGACCCAAAACCGCCCCUAAGUCACCAUCCAAAUCUCAGCCAGACUUGAUAAGACCAACAACUGCCCCAAAAAGCAUCAAUACUGGGACAGAGGCUCCAGUGGACAUCAGAUCUAAGGGCAUGAAAUAGCUGGUCUACCAAUAAACAAGUGAUGGGAUAUAUUUUAAGGUACCUUUUAAGGUAUUUUAAGGUAUUUUAAGGGAACUGUUUGAAUGUAGAGUGUCAUUGGGUAUUUACCAGUUGAUGUAUGACCACAGCAAACAGACUCAAGGAACAGGGACGUUCGUCCAUAAGCAUAGUGGGUUUUUACAGUAAGUCCUGGAGGGUCGGUGUCCUGCAGAGUUUAGCUUCAACUUGCCUCAACACCUUUUUUAACACCAGCCCAUUCAAGUGAAUGAUUUGAAUUCUUUGUCUGUUAUGAGAUAUAUGUGCUUAAAUGGGAUAAAAUGUGUUAUUGUAUUGUCAGCUCAAAAGUGAUAACCUCAAGAUUAAAUAUGCUAAAUUCUGUAAUUUAACAGUGCAAUACUGUUAUACUCUGGAGGCAUUUACUGUAAAUAGAUUGAUUUAUUUUAUGUAUUUGUUUCAGACUACAACUACGCUCUUAAAAAUAAAGGUGUUUCAUGAUGCUGUAGAAGAACCUUUUUUUGUCUAAAUGGUUCCAUAAAGAAUCCCUAACAUCUGGAGAACCUUUCUUUUUCACAAAAGCUUCUUCAGAUUAUAAAAAGGUGGUUCUUUAAAGAACCUUUGACUGAAUGGUUCUUUGUGGGUCUGUGAAGAACUUUUCAAAGCACCUUUAUUUUUAAGAGUGUAGCCUUUAUUUGAAUAUCAUCAAAUUAAGUCCAUUUCUGGGUUAUUCAGUGGUGGUGGACAGCAGAACAUUGUUCUGGUCACUUCUGACUGUUGUUUUGUUUUUGUUUUUUAACUUUCAUAUUAGUUUAGUCUUUUUAUGUUAAAAGUGCUCCAGCCCUGUUGUUGAAAUAGUGUUUAAAAAAAGAAUGAUUGUCUAAAAUAAAAAGGUAGAUCUGCUUCUGCCUCACAUUCUUAGAUAUCACCUAUUACACAGUUCACAUACUUUUAAAUAUGAAGCACAAAUGCUGUCUUAUGCCAUGAGAUAUGCUAUUUAUUGUAUUGACAGAGUUUCUGCAGGUUUUAUGAUAAUUUUAAAAAAAAAUUU